AUGGGGAAGAAUUCCAGGCUAGAAAAUUGGCUACAGUACAGAGUGAGAGUCACUGUAAGUGACACGAGGUACUUCGUCGGCACCUUCCUCUCCUAUGAUAGGCACAUGAACAUAGUAUUAGUCGACGCAGAAGAAUUCAGAAGGGUGAAAAGUCAGGAAAAUUCAUCCAAGGAAAUAAAACGAGUGAUCGGCCUGAUCCUCAUUAGAGGCGAAAACAUCGUCUCGUUUACAGCGGAGCGAGCACCUGUGAAUAAAAAGUCCAUGACAAAUGUGCUGAACAAAGGAAUGGCCACAGGCAGAGGAAUUCCAAUGAAUAAUUACGUACCACUUCAGAACAAUUUCAAUCCCAAUAUGGCUAACCCAAUAAGUAAUAUGCCAACGGGGAUGGUCCUUAACGCUGGAACAUCCAAAAAUUUGGCGCCAGGAGUAAAUCCCAAUUUUAGGGGGCCCAAUAUGCCUAUGGGCAGUCAACGACCAAUGAUGCCCAUGAACAUACCUAUGAAUCAGCCGUUAGGAAAUGCCGGCAAUGACCAACAGAGAUUACUGCCGCAAAUUCCAAGCCAGUUGCCGUUCCCCCCUCCUAAUGUGAACUCCCCACCAGAGUAG